UCGUCGUCAAGGCCUGUGUUUUGUUUUCUUUUCUUUUCCUUUCUAUUAGCCCUAAAAGUAUAUAUUUCCAAGAGAGAAAAAGUAAGAGAGAGAGAGAGAGAGGGAAUGAUGGGGUGGGUGAAAGCAAUGCAGAUUGGGUGGAUCGUUUGACUAGUGAUUCCCAUCGCCUUCCCUUUCCCUUUCUCUGCUGCUUCAUCAAUCAAAUUCACAUGUCAUCAUCUUUCGAAGCUCUCGUGGAUUCACAUGAUAUUCAUCCGAUCCGAUUUUCCUGAAUUGCAUUGCUUCAUCUCCAAAUCUUCAAUGCCUGUUUCUCUGAGUGCGGAAACGGUUCUAAUUAAUGUCUAUGGUUUUCGUGUCGGGAAGCUUCUAUCCGGCGGUUCCUUCUAUGGUAGAUCCGUGCGAGUUCUGUUAUUCUAAUCCUAAAUCUCUGCGAUAAAAAGGACAAUUGACCUAAUUCCCCGCCCCCCCCUCCUUUUUUAGUUCAUCGAUACCUUAUAUUUAAUCUCGGAAUCUCUACCGAAUUUGCUUGCCGUUCCAGCUCAUUCAAACGGGAAUGUUCUUUUAAUCUUUUAUUCGUUCCGAUAUUGUUGUCCCCUUCGGUUCCUAAUAUAAAAAGUUAUUUGGCGGUUUCGAUUCGAGUUUCAAUCUUCUUGGUAUCGCAAUGGGUUGCGCGACUUCGAAGCAAUCGCUCUGCCGGAACUGCAAGUCGCCGGUGGCGCGAAGCUACUCAAUGCACGUCCACCACCCGCCGCAACGGGAAGGCGACACCUACCACGUCGUGGCUCUCACCUCCUCUACGCUGGGCUCUAUCAAACUCGAUCCGGUCAAGCUCGGCCGCCGUAACGGCGGAGCCAAUGGCCGAAUUCAGGACGACGACGGCUCUGUUGUGAGUUUGGAUGACAGGAAGAGGAGCAAGGAGUUUCCGAUGGGGAUGAUUGAAGCAAAAACGUGGUCCGAUAUGAUCAGCGAAAAGAUCACGAAAGUUGUGCCGAAAACGCCGGUGAGAACGCCGCCGGGCGAGCCGGAGACUAUCAACGCGUGGGAAUUAAUGGAAGGCCUUGAAGACGCCAGCCCUCUCCAGGCCCAUCAUUUCCGCAGCUUCUCGUUCCACGUCGCGCCCAAUUCAAUGCCUUCUCCCUGUAAUCUUCCCAGAUCGAAAUUGCCGGGAAGUGGCGACGCGUCGCCGAAACCAACGUGCACUGACGCGGCUGAUAAAGAAACCAGUGCAUUAAUCUCCGAGUUUGAUCCAGAUGUCAUUUCCAAAUUCCGGAAAGCACUCGAGGAGCUCCCGCCGGCAAACCCGUUUCAUCUCAAUUCGCCGGCCGGCCAAAAACAGCAGGCCGCUGCCUGCAAUGGCGAUUUCACAGUCUCGAAAUUCACUUCAAAGAGAAAAGACAGGGUAGUCUUAUACUUCACGAGCCUAAGAGGAGUAAGGAAGACAUACGAGAACUGUUGCCAUGUUAGAGUGAUUUUGAAAGGAAUCGGCAUUCGAGUUGACGAGCGAGACGUGUCUAUGGAUUCGGGGUUCAAGGAGGAGCUGAAGGAGCUAUCGGGGGAUCAUGGCUUCCGCGGUGGCUUGCCCAGGGUGUUUGUGGGGAAGAAGUACAUUGGCGGGGCUGAGGAAAUACGGCGAAUGCACGAAGAGGGGCGGCUCGAGAAGCUGCUAGAAGACUGCGAGAUGGCUGAAGACGGCGGCACAGUUUGUGAGACCUGUGGAGAUGUAAGGUUUGUGCCCUGCGAUACAUGUUCAGGGAGUUGUAAGAUCUACUUUGAAGCUGAUUACGACGAUGAAUUUUACGAUGAAACUGCGAGCGAUUGUGGUUUUCAAAGAUGCCCUGAUUGUAAUGAGAAUGGGAUCAUUCGUUGCCCAUUUUGCUGUGAAUAAUUCUCCAAGGUAUUAUAUAACAAAUCUUCUUCUUCUUCUUCUUCUUCUUCUUCUUCUUCUUCAGUGCGGUCAAGUUGCUUGCUUGUGUACAGUGGAUGUCUGAUGAUCAUGUUGAAAUGGGCACUCAUACUUCACACGAGGUGAAAACUGUAACUAGUGUGGUUGAGGUAGGUUUUUACUUUUUCCCCACCCCUUUGGCUUUGCAUAUAAAAGGACUUGUACCGCUUUUCAUCUUCUGGUUUCUCAUCACAUCUUCUUCUCCCAUAGGCUUUUUCCUCUUUCCAGAAACUCCAUUUGUAGUUCAACUGGAAUGCCCAAAAUAGUUCUACUUUUUAUUCUUAAAAUCUGCAUUUACCUAAUUUCAGUAAGUGCUAUUGUUUUGACUGUUAGAUAAGGUGCAGUCGCGCAGAUGCCAAUCCAUGAAUAAUACUGCUACCCAUAUUAAGUCAUUCCGAUUAUGAGCUGAAAUUUUG